UGGUCCUGGCCAGUUUGAAAUGGGAAACAGGAAUUUCACACAGGCACUGGAUGGCUACGCUAAGUUGAUGAGCUGGAAGUUUCCAGGAGAUGGCUCUUGUCUGUUUACUACCAAAUUUAUCCAGUCUUCUUUCUACAAAACCUCAGUGGAGAUAAACGACAUCGCUCCAUACCUAAACUUUGGAGUCACUGUUCCUCCAUAUGAUGACGAACAGAAAGUGGAAGCUAUGUUCAAUGCCAUGGAUAAUAUGAACGUAAACUUUUACAAUUAUUCCAAUACCUUCGUCGCCGUGACUGACCUUUGGAAGUGCUAUGAAAUUGACCUUCCGACCUUGGACACUGUUAGAUUGUUAAACCCAGAGAUUCCUACAUCGAAUCAUUCAAAAACCGAUGAUGUUAUAAGUCUCAUGUCGUCCGCACAUCCACUUCAAGAAUAUGGCAAUACAGGAGCUUAUAUUGAUUACCUCGGUGGAGUUGGAAUGAUUCCAGGGGUCAUCAAGGAUAAAAUAACAGUCAUCAGGACCAAGGGGGCCGAGGAUCACGAAGUCAUAGCUGAAUGGCGUUUGGACUCUGCACCAUACAUGCAUACUUUUGCUUUAACGGAAAACCACGUAAUUUUCAUUGCUCAUCCUUAUUAUCAAAAUUUCAUGACAAUGGCGAAAAGUGGAUAUGCUGCGGCUGGCAUGGAAUGGAAGGCCGAUGAGAAGGCGAAGGUCUACAUCGUCAACAUUCCAACUGGGAAGGUGGAAACGCUGGAGACGGACACAGUUUUCGCUCUACAUCACGCCAAUGCUUACGAAGUAGACAACAAACUAACGGUCGAUAUACCUGUUCAACCAAAUCCAUAUUUUUUCAAGAAAUUAAACUUUCCCUCGGUACUUAAUGCAACAGAAAGGAAAUCAAUGACUCUUGUUUCCAAAUUGAGACGAUAUACAAUAGAUAUGGACACAAAAAGCAUCACGCAUUUCGAUUUCCCUGAUGCCCAUAAUAUGGAGCUUCCAACCAUCAACGAAAAUUAUAGAUCCAAACCCUAUUGCUAUGUAUACGGUGUCAUAUUCAACUGGAAUGGUGAAGGUUUUAGCCACACUGGAAUAGUGAAAAAGGACUUAUGUGGAAAAACUGAGGCCAAGUUGUUUCAAAUACCACAUCAUUACCCGACAGAGGCGUGGUUUGUGCCUGCGCCACCGGAAGUCGCGAAAGAAGAAGACGAUGGCGUGUUGCUCCUUGUUAUUCUAGACGGUGACCGAGGGUUAUCCUAUCUUGGAAUCGUGGAUCCAAAGACAAUGACACUGAUCAACAAGGCAUACCUGCCAACGACUAUCCCAUUCAACUACCAUGGCAGGUUCUUCCCUGGAUUGUGGUAACCGGUGACAAAAAUACGAAACUGUCUAGCCAUUAUGUUGUCAGGACAGCAAUCAAUCGUCUUUUUCAAUAACAUUAAUGCAGCCAGCUGUAGAUUGCAUCCGAUGUCCACUUAUUUACUUCUUCGAUGAUGUGUCUUGUAUAUUUACAUGGGAUAUCUCAUAAAUAUGUCAGCUAUAUUAUUAAUUAUAUAAGAUAUAUCUGAUAAAGGAUGAAAGAUGUUUAUAUUAUUAAGUAAAGUACUGGAUAAACAUUGGUCCGUGAAUGUAAGACAACUUUCCAUACAUUAAUAAUGCACGGCGUGUACCAUGCAAGUAAACUCGGAAUACAUGUACGUUCUGUGUUGUUGUUGUUGUUGUUGUAGACAUACAUUUUCCGAUAUGUUCCUACCUAUUCUUUUCUUUUGUAAUUAUGGUAAUUCUUAUACAAAAUCAGUACUGUUAAAAUUAAA